AUGAAGGAUUUGAAAAUGGUUGUAUUGAAAGGAGUGAGCCUCCUAUGUCUCAUAACUCUGUGCAACAUCAACCUCUCAACUGAAGUCUAUAUAGACAUUAACGAUUUAGAGGGGAAGGGUUUUAAAAUUUUAAGAUAUACCAAAGAAAAUAUGAAAAAAACAAUUAUUUACUCAACAGACAAUCUGCCUAUAACAGGCGCAUUGGAUAAAGGAACUAUAAUUUGGUACGAUUACCUGAGCGAAGAUUGCGAAAAGAUAGUCGUAACCGAAUUUGACAACUCCAACGAAGUACUAGUAGCAGUGGAUCUCAAAAAACCAAUGUUCGAUAAAACAAAAUAUUAUAUAAAACAAGAGGGUGAGUAUGUGAGAACGCCUCAAAAGGAGUUCAAACACAAAAUGUUAGUUCUAGUCGAAAAGCAAGAACAAGGAGCUGAAAAAACCUUUGAAGUUAAUGUUGAAAAAGCCUCAACAAGUAAAAAACCUGUAAAACGGAAGAAAACACAAAUCCAAAUCCAGGCUAAGCCUAAGGGUAAAAAAAGGAAAAAAACAGCCACAAAAACAAUAAAAAAACGAACUAAAGAAGAUUCUGAAACCAAAAUUUCUUCAAGUCCUGAAUGUGAAUCAAAAAGUGAUAAAUUACGUUCUAAAAUAGAUGAAUCAAUUCAUGAAAUUGAUGAUUUAACUUCUGAUUCUAGAUCUGAAAGUGCUCAUUCAAGCUCCAAAAUUGAAAAGUCCAGUAGUUAUUUUACUUCUGAAUGUCAAAAAUCAUCUUCUAAAAUUUCUGAUUCUAGUUCUAAAGUUAAGUUGCAAGAUGGUUCUGAAAUUAAUUUAACAGACGCUUCAAGUGGUUUAUUGAGUGAUAUACCGAGUGUUAUGACCUCCGACAGGUCCGUUACGCCGGUUAUAACCCCAAUUCCAACACCAUCUCAAGCGGUUCUUGAGGCUUCAGAACACGAAUUUGAGCCUGAAAUUAUCCCAAUAGAAAUAUUAUCGGAUAGUGAUAUGGAUGUUGAUGAACCUGAAAAUACUCAAAUUAAAUCUGAUGCCAUCACUCAAACUGAUAUAAAAAGGACUAAAAUUGGUGAAACUCAAACUGACUCCCACAUGGAUAGAUCAACAGAUGAAAAGAAAUUAGAAGCUGUUGAAUUAGAAAGAAAGAGUUCAAUAAUGGCUGAGGGUGGUUCUCAUGGCAAGUUUGUUCCAUUGAAGAGGAGGGCAUUUCCAACAGACUUAUAUCACCAGGAUUCUAGUUUGGAGUUUGAGAUUAGAAGGAGGCUUAGGAGCUCAAAAGGGCCAAAAAUGGCUGAAAAAACUCGAUCCACAUACCUGAGGACUAAAAACAUUUUAGACAUCCUAAACCCCAAAAAUAACCCCCGCAUAUCUUGUCAUUAUGAAAUUAAUGACGGAAUUACUUCAAUGUUAGUAAGGGUAAAAGGGGAUAAAGUGGUAAAUUACAUUGUUGAAGGUAAACACAUUAUUCACAGGUCGACAAAUGGGAAGUUAUUAUCUUUAACGGUAUUUUCACUUUCGGGGGAGAUGAAAUUAUUGGAAAUUAUAAUGGAGGAAUCGAAUGGAAAUUACGUAAGACAUUACAAGAGAGGAGUUAUUUUUUGGGUGGAUUCAGAUGCAGAUUCAUUUGAACAAUCUUAUUUAGAGCUUAAAAGUGAGAUUAAACAUAUUUCAGAUGUUGUUUUGGACAUUAGUGUUGAAACUGAUGAUGACAUAUUUUACUGCAGAAGUAGUGAACAAAAUGGAAUUUAUAAUUUGGUUUAUUACCCUAAAGCUGGGUACCAUUUGAAGAAAAUCAAAUGCGUUUCUACUUUAGUAUGGAGUUCUGAGACGAGAAGAUGUCUUUCUACAGUUUUAACAAUGGAUAAAAAUGAUAUCAUCAGACUAAUUAAGCUGGAAUUACUCGAUCCAACUGAUAACAAUAUUAGUGAGUUGCAUUUUUUCUGGUCAAAUGGUGUUUUCAUGUUAGUUUCUGAAAGUUUAUACCAAGAAAUUUUGGAAACUGAGUUAACAGAUUAUUCUCAAAUAGACUAUGAUUCUGAUGAUUCUGAUUAUUUUCAUGAUCCAAGUCCUAUUAAACAGUCUAAACCAACUCACAUCGAAUCUGAGUCAACCCAGACAAUUAAAAUAAGUAAGCCUAGUGAAACUACUAAACCAGAAGAGAUAGAAACUACUAAACCAGCAGAGUUAGAACCAGAAAAUAUUCCAGUGGAACUAGAAUCAGAUGAUGAACCAAUUGAUCUGAGUAUUAAACAAAACUCUAUAAGUACUGAAUCAGCAUCGGAAGAAAUAGAUCCAGAAACUACUGAAAUGGAAGUAGGAUUAUAUAAUGACGUAGAGAAACCAAUUGAUCUGAGUAUUAAAGAUAAAUCUAUAACUACUGGACCUACUGAAUUACAAGCAGAAACUAUUCCAGUGCAAGUAGAAUCAGAUGAUGAGGAAAUUGAUGUAGUAAAUGUAUCAGAAGAAGAAAUCGAUAGUGUAACUGAACAGACUUGUGUAGAAAGUGAUAAAGAUAAAGAAGUAAAUGUUAAAAUCCCGCCUCUUAGACCUAUACCUAUCAGGCCAAUUCCAUCAAUACCAUCCACAAUUCCAUCAAUACAAUCCACUAUUCCUCCUAUUCCUCCUACUUUUAUUUUUUCCAGUACUCAUACUGGUGCUCAAGAAAUGCAUGAAGAAAGGAGUCCAGAAUUACCCGAGAAAAGUGAUAAAAAAGGGGAGAAACAUAAAAAAUUUGGAAAGACUAAGACACCUGAGAAGCCCAAGGUACAGGAUGCGAAAGGUAGCUCUGUAAUUACUGCUAAACCCACUGCUAGUAUUUAUAUUGAUAGCGAUAAUGAUAGCAGAAUUGAGGAAGGUGGUAUGAUUAGUGAAGAAACAAUUAGUGUUAGUAGUGAAAGUGAUGAUGAAGAUUUUACGAUUCAAACGUUAGUAUAUCCUAAUGCGUUAAUGGAUAUGGAUAUAUUGGAAAAUAAACGGUUUAUUGAAGAGGAACACGUGGGAAUUAAAUGCAGAACAUUUUAUCCUGAAUAUGGACUCGGGUUUAAGAGUAUUUUGGCCAAGGGUCAUAGAAUUUGGUACGGAUGGUACUAUGAGUUUAGUAAUUUUGUAAGAAUUUACGAACCUGAGGGAGGACCUAUUCUCGGCCUUUUUAGGACAAUCAAAAUAAAACCAUUUAAAAUCAAAAAAUGUUACUUUGUAGAAUUAUACAAUGGGAAAUGGGCAAUCACUAAUGAACAAAAUUUCAAAAUGCUUAUUCAACAAUAUGUCAAAUCGGACUCAGAUAAUGAAGAGAAUAAUAACAAUUAA